AUGAAUCAUCUGAUCGAUGAGCUCAGUAACAGUAGCAUAGGGUGUCAUGUAGACGGAGUGAACAUUAAUAACAUUAGUUAUGCAGAUGAUAUGGUGUUACUGAGCCCAUCGGUCAGUGCUUUAAGACGAUUACUGUCUAUAUGUGAAGUAUAUGCUGAGGCUCAGGGACUCAAGUACAAUGCCAAGAAAAGCGAAAUCAUGGUUUUUAAGGCGGGUGCAAAAGGCUAUAAAACCAUACCUGAGGUAUCGCUCUGCGGAUCACCGCUACUUAGGGUAACCAGCUUUAAGUACUUGGGUCAUUGGGUAACCGAAAACUUAGGCGAUAAUAAGGAUAUAGACAGGGAGCGAAGGUCACUGUCAGUUCGCUGCAACAUGCUGGCUCGCAGAUUUGCACGUUGUACAGAAGAUGUCAAAAUAACUCUUUUUAAAGCCUUCUGUCAAUCAUUUUAUACGUGCAGUCUGUGGACCAGCUAUAGCUUGCGUGCUUACAGUGACCUCCGCGUACAAUACAAUAAUGCGUUCAGGAUACUGUUGGGGCUGCCGUGGCGCUGUAGUGCCUCACUGAUGUUCGCGGAAAGGCGCGUCGAUAACUUUAAAGCCAUCAUGCGCAAGAGGUGCGCGUCAUUACUUAAGCGUUUCCGCGGCAGCCACAAUAGUAUUCUGAAAGUGUUUGUAGAUCGAUGGGAGAGUCCUAUGCUGCGACAUUGGAUAAAGCUCCAUGUAAUAUGA